AUAAUCGGUGGUGAAGAAGCCGUACCCCACGAGUUGCCCUAUCAAGUGUCACUGCAAUGGAAUUACAACAAUGACUCCACCAAACCGAUGCACUUCUGCGGGGGAGCACUUUUGAGCGACCGCUGGAUUGUGACGGCUGCGCACUGUAGGACGUCCUAUACCGACGAUGGAUUUAUAGAAGCCGUCGCUGGAGCACACGAUAUCGCGGACCCGCUGGAAGGCAACCAACGGCGGAAGGUGGAAGACAUGAUGGUGCAUACGCAAUAUUGUGGUACCGUUUGCCCGAACGACAUAGCCCUGAUUCAGGUCGUGAUCCCGUUCAUCCUGGGUGACCACGUGAAACCGAUUAGGCUGCCAAAGGCAAGGGAGGAGUUUCAUGGUGACGCACUGGUCUGUGGUUGGGGAGCCACAACGUCGGCUUUGGUGCCAGAGUAUCCAGAUAAGUUGAGGAAAGUGGUACUUCCUCUAGUGGACUACGACGAGUGUCGUCAGCUGUGGUACGAGGUCAGCCACCUGGCGAACACGAAUGUGUGUGCAGGACCGGAAGACGGCUCGAAGGCAGCCUGUACCGCGGAUUCCGGUGGACCGCUAGUUACCCUGAAUGGCACGCAGGUUAGCACGGAUCCCGUCUUAAUUGGCAUCGUUUCGUGGGGACCGUUCCCCUGUGCCUCUCCCUGGCGACCCAACGUGUUCACCGGAAUCGCGUACUUCAUUGACUGGAUUGAGGAACACAUGAACCAAGGUUUGGUUGAAGCAUCGUGA